UUAUUGAUGAAUUUGAUUAUGAUUAUUAUCACAGCCAUUAAAUUCAUUAUCUGGUCCAAAGUUCCAUUUGGCCAAAUUUUUAAUUAUAUGUUUCAUUAAAGUUUGAUUAUCCUCUAUUUUCUUUAUAUAUUCUCGACAUGUCUGAUUCCGUUCCAUUUGUCAACAUCGAUUCCUUGCCGCAUCCAAAUUCUCUCAUUCAAAUGUUUGUUAUUAUUGAUUAUCAUAGUUUCAGUCAAUCAUGAUUCAACAGAUUGAUCCAUCAUUUUGAUUAUGAUUUUUAUAGUUUUGUUAAUAAUUCACGCUAACAACGCUAAUUGUCUUCAUUUUAUCAGAUUUUUUUUCGUAGUAAAAAACAUUUUUUGUGAAACAGUUUUCACACCUGUGUUCUUUUCGUCAAUUCAAGUUUAAAUCAUAAUUUUAUAUAUAAUGAGAAUGUUUUCAUGGUUAAAUAAAUAAAUCCGGAUAUCAUAUGGUGAUCAGCUGCUAAAUAAACAUAUUACACAGAAAGUUAUUACAUGUAUGCACAGUAAUUGAAAAUCUAAAAGACGAAGAAUCAUAUUAACAUAAGAAUUGAAAAACAAUAAUGUUUGGCCAACAAUAAAUACGGAUCCAAUUUUUCUUCAAAUCAAGAAUCUCCAUCAAAACUAAUUACUUUGUAGAUGGCGUUUUUGUUAUGGAUUCGUUGACAUCAUCAUUAUCACAAGAUAUUAACGACAACAAUAACGAGAAUUUAAAAAUUCUACAAAAUAAAAUAAAAUUAUCAGCUGCAACUGUGAAUACAGUUAUUAAAUCAAAACGAUUAUUUGUAAACAAGAGUGAAAUAAUCGAUUCUACAACCAUAACAAAAUCAUCCAACAAACGAAAUCAUUUAUUGUCAAAACGAAAAUUAGUACGGCUUACUUGUGAAGGAAAUUUGAAUGAUACAAAUUUCCCUAACAAGUUACGCACGAUUAUAACCAAAUUGAAGAUUAUUUUGUUGAAUGGUAAGAAUCUUAUCAAGGUAACCAAAGUGGAGCCUUGGAAUAGCGUACGAGUGACCUUAAACCUAUCGGACGAUGCUGCUCAACAAUUACGGCAGCUUGCCGAACAUGGAGAUUCAACACUCCGUAAUAUCGGCAUACUGUCGGUACAAGUCGAUGGUCAACAGGUAAUAUCAUUGACAAAUACUAGUGAUGUGAAUAGAAACAACAACGUUACGGCCACAUCCAAUACCUGCAUGAUCGAUAGCAAUCAAAAUGAUGCUUUUACCAUUGAAAAUCAUAUCGGACGCGAAAAGGAUUCCCAUUUGGUCAUACCACCAGUUAAAAAUGAUAAUAAUUAUUUCGAACAUACGAAUGAUCGAAUCAAUGGCAUCACAUUACCCACAACUACGAUCGAAUGUGAAAAUAGCAAUAGUAGUACUAGUAUUCAUAGUGGUGGUGGAGGUGCUAAUGGAUCAUCUUCCAAUAAUGAAACACUUCUCAGUAUAUUACCACCGCCGCUGCCGUCGUCUACGACGACCACAAAUGUGCCUAUGAUCAUACCAAAGUUACCAACCUCGAAAACAGCAUCGACAAUACCAAUCAUAUCAUCUACAUCUUCAUUCACUAAUUCUUCUCAAUUUGGUAUAAAUACUGAUAAUAAUAGUAAUAAUAGUCAACAUCCGAUACACCAUUAUCAGCAACAACAACCGAUCAAAUUCAAUUUCAUUAUCGAUAACAAUAAUGGAAGCCAGAAUACCUCAGAAUCUCAAUUUAUCAAUAACAAUGAUGAACAAGUCACCAAUCAAACAGUGACACUACCAACAACAGGUGUGCAGCAAUCACCGAUAGGACCGCGGCAAUUAUUAUUGAAUCGUCAACCUUCGGCAUCUACACUUAUGACACGAAUGGUCUCCAUGGAUCAAUCAUCGUCAAAUUCAUCGAAAUUAUUAGUGCCUAAUACAACAACAAUUACAUCAUGUCAAAUGGUUGUUACUGCUGGUGGUGGUGGUGGCGGUGGUGGUAUUCCAUCGGUAUCAGCCACGACAACUGCAACAAAUAAUAAAUUGACUGAUCUGUUGCCUCCAUUAACAUCACAAUCACCGACAUUAAACUCAUCUGCAUACAAAACACAGGAAUCGUUAUCGAAUCCACAACAUCGGCAACAGGUUUUGAUGCAUAAUCAAUUGUCUACUGGUAGUAUUGAUAGUGAAAGUAAUCGACAGCAAUCUAGUAGUGAUAUAUUAUUGGAAUCAAAAAUCGAUGCCGUAGAUGAUGAUCUUCUUGUUUCGGUUGCGGCCGGAGAUCCAAAUGUUGAUUUUCCGACUGAUCUUAAUGAUCUUAAUUUAUUAUUGGAAGAGAUGGAAUCCUCAUCAUUGACAACGGCGACUACAUCGUCUUCUUUGGUUGCCACUACAACAAUAGCGACAACGACGACGAUCACGGCUAAUCAAACUCAAUCGAUUAUGUCGAACCAAACAAAUGCCAAUCAACAGCAUCAUACAAUAUUAGCAAUGAAUCCGGAUCCUAAUAAUAAAAGUCAGAAUAUUCCAUUUUUCAUUACUCAUAAUCAACAGCAUGCGAUACGAUCAUCAUCUCCUUUACAAUCGAAAAUGUCUCUAAUCAAUAAUAGUAGCAGUAAUGGUGCUGGACAGCAACAGCAAUCGAUUAUGAUACAAAGUAAUAAUAACAAUGUACCAGUAUUACCAGUGACAACGACAUUACCAGCUCAAACUACUUCCGGAUCAAUAGCUAUGGCAACGACUGCGGCCCACAAUGUUGGACAGUUUCAGCAACAAUUAUCCAAUAAUUCUUCAGUCUAUACAUCACCAUUGCAAAAAUCUCAACAGCAACUACCAAUUUCAUCUAUUCAACAAUCAUUGAACGAAAGUCCAAGGCAGAUUUAUGUGCCGGCUAGAACACAACAUUCAUGGCGUACCGUAGCAGCAGCAGCUAUUGCGACAAAUACCAAUACAUCACAACAACCAAUACCACCUGCCAUUUUGACGCCGUCACAACCACCACCGAAAGUUCGAACACCUACUUCCCUUUCUCCUGUCGGAAGUGAAAUGUUAAUCCAUCAGCAGCCUUCAUCACCACAAACUACCAGUACAAGAUUCAUAUCGGUCAAUAACAAUACUAAUAGUGGCAUGUCAACCCCUCCACCCCCAUCUUCGUCACCAUUAAUUCGACAACAAACAAUAAAUUCUUCGUCGAAUCCUGUUAUAGCAAAACCUCAGCAAAUAUUGAUUCGAACCGGUGGUGGUCCUGGUCAAGCUUUUUCGAUUAGCCAACAACAACAAUCAUCGAUGACGAAUGCCGUUGGAUCAUCAUCGUCGAAUGCUGUUGCAUUAUCCAGCCCAUUAUUAGUAAAUUUAUUGCAAAACGAUGUGCCGGUCGUAUCGUGUUCAUCAUCGUCAAGUAAUUCAACGUCAUUUCAACAACAAAUUACGACAGCUGUCGCCACAGGAGGAGGAAAUGAAAACGUAAAUUCCCAACAGCAACAAAUUCGUCUGUUAAGUAGCACUCCCCAUCAUCGUCAUUAUCAUCAAAACAGUGGUGAUAGUAACACCGCUGCUUCUUUGGGUCAAGUAACGCAUCAAUUAAUGAUGGUACAAGUAUCAUCAGCUGGUGCUGGUCAAGCAACCACCACAACUAUCCAUCAGAUAAGUAAUCCUGUUGCCGGAAAUGUCGUUCACCAUCCAACAAUGGCUGUAUCAUCCACUUCUACUAAGCAGCAACAACAGCAAUCCACCAUUGAUCAAUCUCAAUCAAAUGCAGAUAAUAAUGGUACCACUACGCCAACAACGCCAUUGGCCAAACCAAAAAAACAACGAAAAUCGAGGAAAAAGGCAAAUCAGUCAACGGAAACGACCUUGACCACGGAUUGUUCAUCCUCGUCUUCGCUGCCAUCAACACCAACGACACCAUCGAAUCAAUUUACACCAAGUGGUGGCAUUUCUAUUUGCCAACCACCAACUACAGAUUUAUCGGCUAGAAUUCAAUCCAAUUCGGGAACAACUUUUCUGACGAUACCGGCGAAUGCACAGCUAAUACAACAACAAAAAUUGCAACAACAACAACCGCAAACAUCUAAUUCUGCCAAUCAAUCAACAUUAAUGUUGAAUCAACAAGCAUCACAGCAAUCGUUGCGUUUUCAUCAUCAAAAACCAAGAUUAAUGAUGAUUGCAACGAAUCCCGCUGCUCAUCAUCAGAUGGUAAAUGCUGCUACUGGUGCUAGCGAUCAAAUGGCUGCUGUAUCGUCAGUAACGACGAUGGGAAAUCCGACUAUUGUUUCAUCCCCAUCUGGUGGAACGUUUAUCAUUGCAAAUGUACCAGCCAGUUCAUUACAGAAUGCAGUAACAUCUUCAGCAACAGGUGCAUCAAUGAUGACAGCCGCAUCUCCAUCGACAGUUUCACCCGGUGUUCAAUUGGGCGGUAAUAGGAAACAGAUAUUUUUGGCAACCAAAUCGAAUUCAUUUCCAGUAUCAUCAGCUCUAUCCGCUGGUGCUAUCGUAAGAUUCGCUAAUCAGUCACUUGUUAAUUCUGGUGGUGGUGCUUCCUCAUCAUCGUCAUCGACUCCAAAUUUAGUACCAUCGACUUCACAGACAGUGAAAUUGGUUUCAUCAUCAUCACAGCAAACAAUUAAUCAGUCAAAUCAGAAUUUCCAACAGCCUAAUCAGCAGCAAUCCACGACAACUAUCCAGCAACAACAACAGCUGUUAAAUACUGUUUCAGCAGUUGCCAAUACAUCUCCAAAUAAAUCUAGUCAACAUACGUUGCUGUCAACAUCGACAACGCCAACGUUGGUUCAUCAAUCCAACACCAUGCAAUUAAGUCAAUCAAUAUCCAUACCCACUUCUAAUACAAACACUAGCAACAACAACAGUUUUUCUGUUAAUCAACCGACAUCAGCUACAAUCGCAACAACCAUCUCGAUAGCUUCGCCGUCGUCAUCAUCAUCACCGAUUCGAGCGACAAAAUCUCUUCACCAACAAUCGGAACAGCAAUUAUUACUUACACCCGUUGUUGCCAGUACGAUGGCAUCAUCAUCAUCGACAUCUGUUGCUAACAUCAUCCCGCAACAAUUUCACAAAACUUUCCAAGUACAAGCCACCGGCUCUGUAUCAAAAAACAAUCCAUCAAGUUUAUUAUUGAAUAAAUUGAGUCAGCGACAACACUCAGCUACUGUAAAUCCACCAAUGUGCACUAAAAUUGCAUUACCAACUGCUGUCACUGUUUCUUCUUGUGUAUCUUCACCUGGCACAAUGAUGGCAACAAAAGUUCCGUUUCAUGCAAAAGUAUCUGUCACAGCAGAUAUACCUACAAAAUCGGAGGAAAGUGUCUUGGACAAUGCUACCUUUGUUGUGAAAAAUCAGGAAGUUCCGCUGGUGCUUGUAGAUCAACAAAAAUCGGCAGCUGUAUCUGCUCCAACCACUACCUUUACUAAGACUACAAGCAGCGACCAAUCAUCAGCACUUCAACAAAAAACUGAAAUGGUUAUGACUGGAAAUAAACAACAAUCACAAGUUAAUUUCAAACAAUCAUUAUCCAAAAUGCUGAGUGGUAACGUCGAAGGCAAUGGUGGGAAUGAGGAACAGCAAUCAAGGACUCCACCAGAUUCUGUAUUUUUGGAUGAUUCAGGUGUUGGACGAAUGUCAGCGGUUAGUGAAUCAUCGGCACCGAUAUCGCCCUCAUAUUUUCUAGCACCUGCGUCUGCAUUCGAUAGAUCCACAAAAGAUCCAUUGAAUUCCACCAUUCAACAUGACGAUUAUACCCGGAUUGAUUGCAAGUCAACAACGGAUUCUAAAAUUGAAGAAAAAACUAACGUUGAUGGUAAAAAAAGCGAUGUAAUAAUAACAACUUCAACUAAAAAUAAAGCGGAAUCUUCGAUGGUGACCACUACAGCAGCCAUCUUUCCAUCAUCUACUACAACGACAUCAGGAUCUACAUCUAUGAUGAAAACUUUAGUCGAUACUUCAUCCGCAAUAAGUUCACAAAGAUCUAAUUCAUUCUAUGUUAUAAAACAUGAUUAUUCACAAGAAUUGCCCGAUCAUAUUUUGGAUGAUGAUGAAGAAGAUGGUGAGGAUGAUAGUGAUGCUGAUGAUUAUGGUUUCUAUUCAAGUCGUCCAUCACAUUUCCUAAGCGGGAGUAUCGGUAGUAUUGGUGGAGGUGGUGGUAGUAGUAAUUCUGCUUCUGUAUCCAAAUCAUCAAUGCCAACAAAUGAUUUCAAUCAAAAUAGUAAAAAGAAUCUUUCAUCAGAAUCCGAUCAGUUAGAAAAAGCACCAGGGAAUGUGGCUAAAAAAUUAUCCACUUCUGAUUCUUUAACGACAAAAUCCAUUCAAGAAUCAAAUCAGGAAGUUAUUUCAUCUAUAAAAACUGAUUCACAAUUAACAACUAAGCAGUCAUCUUCUGUUGAAGAAAAGCAAGAAGAACAGCAAAAGUGCCAACAGCAAGAAUCGGCCAUGACGUUGAUUAUCAAUGGUGAUAUAUCUUCGCAAGAAUCACCAUCAACUAGUAUUGAUUCUGAUAUCGAAAAACCAUUGAUAAAGCAAUCAGCUCAGUCACCUGCAGUAUCAUUAUCAACAACGGUUCCAUCAUCGAUCGCAUCAAAAAGUCAUCCACUUGCAACAACCGUUACUAAUUUUACAACAAAUGAAUCAUUUCAAACAAAAGAUUCGACUAAUACCACUUCAAGUGUUGUAUUGGACGAAUUAGAUGAACCUAAAGUGUUGAAACCACAAACAUCAUUGCCAUCUUCUUUGAAACCGGAAAUUUCUAAUUCAUCAACAUUCACCAAAAACCAGCAAAUUUCUUCAUCUUCCAAUAAACAUUUGGCUAGUAAAUCGACGGCGACGACUGCUAAAUUUCGACGCAAAACUUCAUCGCCAUUAUCAGACGUUUCAUCUUCGUUGCUCACUCCAAGUAGCAAAGAUUCUACAUUGCUCAUAUCAUCGAAUUCUAAUCUGGAAACAAGCCAUGAAGCACCAUCACCAAAUAAAAAACAACAGCCACAGCAGCAACCUGUAUUAGUGCAUUUUAAACAUCCAACAUCACAAACACUUUCAACUGGUUCCACGAUACAAUUGGCAAAUACAAUGAAUACUUUUUUGACUGCCCCUCAAACAUCAUCCGCAACGAAUGCAGACAAUAAUAUUUCGUCCGUUGUACCAACAACAACUGCUACAAUGCUGACAACAACUGUACCGUCAUCACCUAAUCAAAAGAUUCGUGUCGUCUAUAAUUCGCCAUUGUAUCGGACUGUUUUACCCACAUCAACUGGUGGCCAGCAGCAACAAUUUCCACAAAUUCAAUUACUUUCAAUUAAACAAUCACCAUCAUCAUCAGCAACGCCAACAUCAUUUAAACUUAUAUCCAAUAAAUUACCAAUGGUUGGUCAACAAGGAUCAUCGCAGCCAUUAUUGAUACCGAUGGCUGUAUCAAAUAAUCAAGGUACGGUUUUUUCAGUGAAAGCACCAACAUCAUCAGCGGCGAUUGCAGCAACUACUAUUGCUCAAUCAACAACGACAACGAUUGUUACAUCAGAUUAUCUACAGGGAAUUAGCAAUAAUAAACAAAUACCAUCUGCGGAACAACGGACGCAAUCAGUUUCCGAUGCAAUGAAUUCAUCAAAUUUGAAAACUAUAGAUUCUGAGACAUUAAAAAACGAAGAAAGUAUUGAAAAGAAAUCUGACGAUAUAAUCAACUCUUCGGAUAAUUCUGUAGAAAGUACUAAAAUGACUGAUUCGAUUUCGACCGAAGAUCCUAUUCGUUCAAACGUUAAUGAAAAAACCAAAGAAUCUGUUUCAGCCCAUCAAUCAUCUAAGGAGGAACUCGAGUCUAAGUUAACACCAACCCAACAAAUUAUGGAAACAACCAUGAUGAAAUCAACAUUACUACAAACCGAUAAUCCAUCAACGACCAACACAAAAUUAGCAAUUCAACCUCAAACGUCGGUAGCUCGUACAGUGAUUAUGUUACCCAGCGGUUCGGAUUCGAUUGCUGGUUCAAAUGUAGUCAUUUUGAAAGCGGAAAGUCCACUAUUAUCUAAAGCCGAUAAUACAACGACUACAACCACCUCUAAUAGCCUUAGUAACAGUCCACUAAGACGACAGAUAUUAAUAUCAAAACCAGCAACGCUCCAUCAUCAUCAUUAUACCUCGAAUCAAGAUUUGACAUCCAAUACCACCACAACCCAACAACAAGGUUCUAUCUAUGCAACUAAAUCUUCUACUAAUAAUAGCAAAACUGUAACAGCAACAAAAACAUUGCCUAGUAUUCUUCGUCAACGAAAACGAAAAAAUGAUACCUUGUCACAACAACAAGUAUUCCACACAUCCUCUAUAUCGACGAUCACAAUUGAUUCUGUAAAAUCAUCAUCCUCUUCUGCUGAACAGACAGCUGCUGUCACCACGAACGAUUGUAGCGUUCUGUUAUCAUCCGAAUCUGAUGACCCAGAAUCGCAUUCUACACCGAACGUUCAACAUGGAUCUUUGAGUUUCAAACAACAAAAAUAUCAAUCUAUAUUAUCUACAUCGAAAAUGAAUGAUGAUAUAGGUAUUGAUAGUGCAAAUGUUUCCGAUCAAACAGAUUCAUCAACACAUACUGCAGCCGCAACAAGACCUCUAAAACGGGCAAGAAAAACUAAAAUAACAACCAUACCACAGCAACACAUUGGAUCAAUGGCCUUACCAACAGUAUCACCCGUUUAUGUCAAUUUUGUUACAAAUCCAUGUUCAGAUUUACCAACAUCAGAAUCUGGUCAAGAUGAUAAAAAUGAAACAGCGCCGACGGUGACCAAUUCUCGAAUAUUAAGAAAUUCGACGACUUUAACUGUACAACCCAACACACAACCAACUCCCAAAACAAUCGUCAAACGUGGCCAACGAAAUCAGCGGGCCUCAUCAAUACAAAUGACAGAAUCAACAAAUGACUCGAUCUCGCUAUUCACAACAACUUCAGUGGAUACAAUAAACGAAUCGAUUAAAUUAAAUGAAAAGCCUAAAAGAGCUGCUGUCGGAAACACAAGUACGACUACAAAUCGACAAACACGAUCGAAUCGUGGACGAAAGAAACCAACUGAAUCAUCAACAUCAAACCAAACAAUGAAUAAUGCAACAACACUAAUUAAUUCAUCUGAUCAUGUUUCAGAAACAUUUGUUACUGAUGAUACAAUAAAUGUUGAUCAACAACAACCACAAUCAUUGAUCAAUCAAAAUUUAAUUGGUAAAAGUCUUAACUCAUCAUCAACAAUGCUCACACAUAAUAAUAGUUCAGCGACCACUUUAUCGGUUAUCUCUAAUAAUCCGACAAUAACUCAUCCGAUAAGUGUCAUUUCCGUUUCAAAUGUUGGUGAACCUUUGGUUUCAUUAUUAGAUAGCAGUAAUAACGUCAAUACAGUUGCUGGUAAUAAUCCUGUAACAAGUGGUGGUAACAAUAAUUCUCUUUUAGUUAAACGAUCUCGAAAAACUUUACUUACGGCAGUAACAUCCAGUACUACUACCACGAUACAUCCACGACCAUCUUUGAGAAAUAGUUCUGCAUCAGAAACCAUAUCUCCACCACCACCAUCGGCAAAACGUCGUCGAUUGGCCAAAGAUGUUUCCAAAUGAUUUUUGAUGAAACCACUUUCAACUUGUAAUUUGGUUAUUAUAAAUUUUGAAAAAAUGGACAAAUCAAAAGAUUUUUUGUAUAGAUGUUUCUACCUUAAGAUAUUACCCUUUUUGCAACAAUAUAUAUAUGUUUACCCUCAAUGACCAUUCAAUCAUCUGUUUUAUAUUUUAUAUAAGAAUUUCCAUCAAUUAUUGAUUAAUUCCCUAUACAUCCUUAUUUUCGUCAUAGCUUUAAAUUGUAUUUUUAUCGAUUGUGUAUAUAAAUAUAGACAUUAUUAUUAUUAUUAUUAUUAUUAUUAUUUGAUUGGUGGUUCAUUAACACUCACAUUUUGAAUCUUGUUGUUUGUAAAAUCGCACCACAAAGCAUGUUUUGACUAAUUUUCAAUUCAUUUUUUUCAGGAUCAUUAUUUUGCAUUCAACACUCAUCAUUGUUAUCAUCAGUAUAUUUUUUUUUUUUUUGUUUUCAUGAAUUUCAUGAAUAUACAUUUGAUUGAUAAUUAUUAUUAACCACAUGCGUUUUUUCUGUAUAAAUCUAUAGAUCAUCAUCA